AUGGAUGCAUCUACCACGACCCGGCCCACGGGGAUCCCCAGGUUCUGUAAACUGCCGGUGCCGAAUAGUAAACGGCCUUCGCAACCUUUGCCACCAUCAAGCAAUGUUUUGGACAAUUACCGGCCGACAGCUGCAACGCCGAAACUGCAGAAACGUGCUUCGCAUGCCAGUCUGAAUCUAGCCACGCAAGCUGUGAGCCGAGAUCCUUCUCCUGCGAGAGCUGCCAAUGAGCCGAAGCCGUCUGGCCUCGCUGCAUCGCGGUAUGGGCACAAGCCUCCAACUGGCACUCUGCGAGGUCUGGCACGUCCUUCGUCUAGAGGCAAUCAGCAACGGGCACCUCAGCCAUAUGCCAAGCCAGGUCACCAAGCUGAGAACGAAGAAAACGACCAACUCGGUACUCUAAAAGUAUUUCGUGCAGCCUCACGCCAAGGCUUCACUGACGACCCUUCGCCCGUCGAAUAUGAUGAAUCUGUCUGGACAACGGACGAAGAACUCUACCGGCCUAAAGAUAGAACAAAAUCUCGACCUUCCCUUUCUGAUCGUACGAUAGAGAGUCUACAACAAGUUCCGUCCACGCCCAAGGACAGGAGACAAUCAAGCUUCUUCUCCCAGGUAGAAUCGCCGAUGGGUCCACCAGGCAGAUCUACUUCGGCGUUGAGUAGGAAUGGAAGUAACACCAGUCGUCCCGGAACCAGCGAUGGAUCCUCCUACUUCAAUAAUGCUCAGCCAAUGUCGCCAUUAAAGCGUGCACCGGCCAGUGCUAAGCCAGCAUCAAGGAUAGGUUCGGGAGGCUUUGGCUUCACGCCUGCUAGUGCGAAACGAAGAAGUGCUAGCACGGCUUUCAGCUCGAAGCUGCAGAACGGGUUCGAGCCCACGCUACCACCGCCCCGAUCGCCUUCUCCUGCGAAGAGAGGGCUCCCAAGCUUAUCAUCGUCUGUCGGACCGACUCAACGCUCCCUUGUUGGUAGUAAGACUUUGGCUGCGAGACCUUCGAAGCCUCGCCCUGCACUUGCGGAUGCCUUCGGACCUGCAUCAUCGUCCAAGAGCAAUGGCGUCACAUCGGCGACACCCACGUCCGACAAUGCCACACCAGCCAAGCGGGUGACCUCGAACCCAUCCAGUAGCUCUUCGGCAGCACUUCGUGAACAGAUCGCAGCUGCAAAAGCCGCUGUACGCAAGGAGAAAGCGAAGAACGAUUCGCCUCUGCAGCAGCACACAGCGCAACUGGAGGACUUCGGCACUAUGCCCAAUGCAGACCCUUUCAAUCUAGCUCCGAAGAAUCCUAAGCAUGUUCUCAAGAACAGAAUCAAAGCCGCCUGGACGACUGGGCGGCUCAACAUUGCUGCUUUGGAGCUGAAACACAUUCCAGAAGAAGUGCUUGGUAUGUUCGAUGCUAAAGCAAUGGAGGAUGGUAAUGUCAAUUGGGCUGAGGUAGUCGAUCUGACGAAGUUCGUCGCGGCUGAUGAUGAGCUUGAGGUUCUGGAUGAGACUUUGUUCCCGGACAAGUCUGCGGAGGAGCUGGAAGAAGAGGAGGAUGGAAGAGGCAACUCUUUUGGUGGUCUUGAAAGCUUAGACCUGCACAGCAAUAAAUUACAGACUCUACCAUUAGGCCUGCGGCGGCUAGAGCGACUGACGAGCCUGAAUCUGGCGCACAAUAAGCUGGACAAUACCUGCCUGGAGGUGAUCACACAGAUCGCGACACUAAAAGACCUGAAUCUUGGACACAACAGUCUGUCCGGAAAUCUACCCAGCAGUAUCUCUAGCUUGACUGCUCUCGAAACACUCGAUAUACAAUCGAAUCGACUCCUCGGACUUCCCGAAGCUCUCCGAGAGCUUUUGAGCUUACGGACCCUCAAUGUGGCAGGCAACCAGCUGACUGCUCUCCCAUUGGAAGCCUUACAGCAGGUACCUCUUCUGGAAAUCGAUGCAAGCAGCAAUAUGAUUAUCGGGUCCCUCUUUCCGCUCGGUGGCACGAGCGGACAUCCGACUCUUAAAUCUCUGAAUGUGGCCAAUAACUCCAUCGCCGCGCUCAGCUUCUCACCUUUCCUUGGGCUUCCUGCCCUGAGAAGUCUAGACGUUACGAACAAUCACCUUACAUCUCUACCGGAUGUGUCGGGUUGGACGGAGAUGUUGACGCUGAUGGCUGGCGAUAACAAGAUCGUUGAAGUACCGCAAGGAUUUGCCGCGCUUAGGAGAUUACGGACGGCGAAUUUUGGUAGCAACGAAAUUCGUGUACUCGGCCCUGAGAUCGCGAGAAUGGAGAGUCUGAAUAGCCUCGUACUUGCCGCGAAUCCGUUGAAGGAGAAGAAGUUCCUUACCAUGACCGCGUCAGAUAUCAAGGAGGUUCUUACCGCUCGACUGGAGCCUGUGUCUGGUGGAGAAGCCGACGAGGAGGGCCUCAGUGAUCCCGAAACUGUCAUCGGUAUCCCAAACGGCAUUACCAAUGCGAAAGCAUCGAUAUGGACGGUCUCUGCAACAGGCAUCCUGGAUCUCACGAACAAGAACCUCUCAGAUGACAGCAACGACCGCCUCGGCUCCGUGCUCAAGAGCAACGAGGUCAGGGAUCUGCGAUUCUCCGAGAACUCCCUUACCUGUGUGCCUCCUGCUCUAUGGCUGGGUCAAGACCUUCAAGUCCUGGACUUGUCCAAUAAUGCCGCUUUCGACGGCAGCGAUUACUUCUCCGCCGAGCUCGAACUCCCGGUGCUUCAAGAACUGAACCUGGCGUUCUGUCGUCUGACAUCCUUACAACCACUUCGAGAACAACUCGUUGCCCCGGCACUUAAGAAGCUGAAUCUCACAGCCAACAAGCUUUCCGGCCCGGUACCCACACUACGUGAGACCUUCCCGCAGGUCGCGGAGCUCUAUCUCAAGGAUAAUCGCUUCUCCUCUGUCUCUGCGUUGGCCCUCAGGAGUUUGCAUACUGUGGAAUUGACUGGAAACGAGCUUGCAAGCCUUCCUGCUGAGCUGGGAUUGUUGUGGGAGCAGGGUUUGAGGCAUUUCGAGGUUGGGGGUAAUCCUUUUCGUGUUCCAGGGCGAGCUGUGCUGGGGAAAGGGACGGAGGCUGUUUUGAGGUGGUUGAGGGAUCGGUUGCCGGUUUCUGAUGGUGUUAGAGAGAUCGAAGAGUUGGACUGA